AUGGAUCACGCACCUCCCCCCGCUCCCGGACCAGACUUCAAGGUCGCCAUCAUUGGUGCCGGCGGAAUCAACUUUGGAUCCGCCGAGGGUCCUUGGAAUCACUCUUUCCGUCUCGAGCACAAGCUCGGUCCUCGUCUCAAGGUUACCGCCUUGAUUGACCCUCACAAGCCUACGUCCGAUAAAGUUCUCGCUUUGAAGCGUCAAUCUUUCGUCGAGCAGGCAUACGCGGCUACCAAGCAGUACGCUUCCCUUAACGAGUACCUCGCCGAGUUGAAACCCGAGGACCAUCCUCAUGCCGUCAUCAUCGGCUCGCCACCCCAAUUCCACGGUUCCGACAGAGAAGGCAUCGACGUCGAAAUUCAGCUCGCCAAGGAGAUCCCCGGAGUCGCCCUUUUCGUCGAGAAGCCCGUUUCCAUGUCGCCCGUGCCGGAGGCCUUCGCCGUCGGAGAGUACCUCGACAAGGAAAACGUCAUCAACUCGGUUGGAUACAUGAUGCGCUACCUCCGCUGCGUUCGCAAGAUGAAGGAAAUCAUCAAAGAGAAUAACUUGACUGUCACCGGUACCGUCGCCCGCUACGUCUCCUCCUACGCCAAGAUCUCCAAACCAUUCUGGUGGACCAAGUCCAUGUCUGGAGGUCCUGUCGUUGAGCAGGGUACCCACUUCUGUGACUUGUCCCGAUUCUUCGGUGGAGAUGUCCUCCUCGACACUGUGCAGGCCACCGCUGUCGAGUGGAACGACCCAGCAGGAAAGCUCUCGGCUAUUCCCUUCGACGAGAGCACCAUCCCAGAGCACGAGCGUAUCCCACGCAUGACUGCCGCUACGUGGAAGUACGAGAACGGCGCCAUCGGUUCCUUUACCCACGGCCUCGUUCUUCAGGGCUACAAGUACGACACUACCCUCGAGGUCUACGCCGACGGAUGGCAGUUGCGUCUCGUUGACCCCUACGACGUGCCUAUGCUCUACGUCCGUUCGCCCAAGGACGACCGCGAGGAGCAGCAUCACUUCACCGACGACGAUCCCUACUUCGGUGAAAUUGGUGCAUUCAUUGAUGCCAUUGAGGGUAAGGGAUCCAAGGAUGCUAUUUUGAGUAGCUUUACGGAUGCUGCCAAGUCCUACGAGUUGUCUUGGGCUAUCCGUUUGGCUGCUGAGAGGACCUCUGCUAUGAGGCAUGGAAAAUCCGCUUAA